AUGCAAAACCAACCGGAUCUAGCUACUCUGGAAGACCUACCAAACGAGAUCCUAGUGACCAUCCUCUCGACCUUCCCCACGAACCACCUCCUGGUAUGGGUGAUCGUGUCACGACGCUUCCACUCCCUAAUUCUCCGCAUCCUACACUUCCGACUCCUCCUCGCGGCGGCCCUCCCCGACUGCAAACUCAUCCUGGAAGCCUACCACCCAAGCCGCACCUCCGCCGGCAACGCCUACCUGUACUGCACGUACCUAGGCACGGACGGGCUGAGCUCGAAGCACGAAGGCGAAGGCAGCCUGUACGCGGACUGCGCGGGCGAGGAAGGACGGUUCGCGAAACUCGGCGCCCUGUACAGCCGAUUCCGGCCGGAGCGGCCGACGGUGACGGCGUCGAUGCCGCUGCGACGCAUCGCGGGCAUCGCGCCCGCGCAGUCGCUCGCCGGCGAGACCACCCAACCCAUCUACGCGGACAGCGGCGACGGCGGGUCGACCAAGGUCGCGCACGUCCUGAACCUCGAUGCCGACGAGCUGUUCGGCCAGUUCUGCGCCUAUCCCCAAUUGGUGCGCUUCGGCCCUCGCAGGGGCGUCUUCCUCAGCAGUUCCCAUAUCGUCCAGCAUGGCCAGGGCGUCAUGCGCGUCUGGAAGCACUGGUUGCAGGAUCGCGCCCUGGAGUUGUGGCAUCAGCAACAACAGCAAGAGCAACAGCAAGAGCAAGAGCAGCAGGAGAACGGACAGGAUCCAGGACAAGCCCACCUCAUUAGGUCGGCCACGAUGAGUUGUCCGACUAUAGGUGCGGAUAAGAAUAUCCUGUGGACGGACUAUAAAAAGAACGUCGGCUUGAGGGUCGCCGUACGAGAACGUGAGGGCCGGCUGUACGGCAAGACGCCCGACGAGUAUAACGACUCGCCGAUGAGUUUCCUCAUCGAGAUUCAAGAACUGGUAGUUCGAACGACACACCUCAUGCUCGCAGUGGAGACAUUUAUACAGGACCAGGAGAAACGAACAGGUAAAACUCUCGUGUUUGGCAAUUUCGCCACCGCUGCAGCCUUGCCUACGGGCACGUGA